AUGAGGAACUCGGGCCACCUGGGCAGACCCGGAAUCAUGCUCUUAUUGGUCACCUGCCCCCUGCUGGCCGUGCUGCAGGGUGCAACCAGCAAAGCCGAAAGCGGCCACCUGGGGGACUCCUCCCCCGACAGAUGCAUGAGGCACCACUUUGUGGAGACGAUCACCCACCCCAUCUACAAGUGCAACUCCAAGAUGGUCCUGCUGGCACGCUGUGAGGGUCACUGCAGCCACACCUCUCGCUCCGACCCCCUCAUCUCAUUCAGCUCCGUCCUGAAGCAGCCCUUCAAGAGCACCUGCGUCUGCUGCCGGCCGCACACCUCCAAGCUGAAGGCCGUGCGGCUGCGCUGCUCCGGCGGGACCCGCAUCACUGCCACCUACCGCUACAUCCUGGCCUGCAGCUGCGAGGACUGCAGCUGA